AUGAGAAGUCUACUUGCUGCUGCUAAUAACCGUAAUUUCUUUAGUACCUACUUUCGUCAGACACAAAAAACACCUGAUGAAAAUACACUGCCUGAUGGACAACUACGAUAUUCAACCAAUAAAAAAUGGCACGCAAUAAUGAAUUUUGUUAACAAGCCAAAAGAUACACCACAAUAUCAAUAUCAAAUUGUUAUAGUGUGUACUCUAAUCACUGCAAUCUAUUUUGGAUUCUUUCGAGGCAGAUCGGAACUUGAUGACGUGUUGGAUCAGAAUUAUGA